CUCUCCUCUUGCCAGAGUCUCACCAUCGUACCCUAUCUCGACAUUCAGCAAUCUGCGCAUCGGGACUGGACAAUCAAAAUAGCUCUAACUUGGCCCUGCUGCGCUCGCGUUUGAAUCUUCCCAAUGGAAAUCUAAUCCAGGUUCGUUCUUUAUGGUUAUAUCGGGCAAGCCGCGCUAGUCUCGAGAUGUUUCGCGUGGCAUGAUGCUGAGCGAAAUGUCGAUGAGUGGUGACAAGAAGCCAUUGAUGCUGUCAUUAUUGCCAACGGUACAAUUCUCGGUUCCAUAUGUCCCAGAGUCCAACGGAUUAAGCCAAUACAUCGAAAGAUAUCCAGGUCGUGUUAUGCACUCCAAGUACUAUUGCCAGCCUCUCCCCUUCAAAAACAAGAAGAUGCUCAUCAUUGGCAAUGCUCUAUCUGGGCGAGAUAUAGCAGAAGAACUACUCAAGGUUGCUCAACUACCGGUAUAUGUCUUCUGGAGACAUAAGUCCAUUUGGGAGGGAUCAGAUCCCGAACGAGGGAUUGAAUGGAGGCCUGUCAUCAAGAGUAUUGACCGUGUUAUCUACUGUACCGGUUAUAAGCCCUCAUUUCCGUUCUGGAACAUCGAGACCAACGGAGGACAUCUAUAUGACUACGACAAAGCCAAACUCAACGGAAGCUUCUUGCGUACUUUCUUUCAGGAUCAUCUAACACUCGGAAUCAUCGGCUUUGGGCAAACACUUGCGUUCCGCAGCUACGAGUACCAGGUCAUUGCCCUUGCAAGAGUCUUUUCUGGUAGGAAUGCGACGCCUGUUCCGACAGGUCCAGAACAUGAAGACUGGGAACGAUCAUGGGAGAAGCAUACCAAAAAAGGAUGGAAUCGACUUCCACACCGUCCAUUUUGAAAAUGGCGAUCUGCUCAGACGGUAUGAUAAGCUAUCAAACAUAGCUGGGUUGCCCAUAUGUAGCAAAGGAAGAGUCCCCCCUGCUUUCACGGACGAGGCUAUGUCGCAGUUGAAAAAUGUCAGAAGGUUGCAU